AUGAACACACUCUAUCCUGACAUCUCAGGGAUGAAUCACGGACCGCUCAAGCGUUCUCCGCCGGUCUCUGCCAACAUGCUGUCCCCACCAAACCAGCAGCUCGCCACGCCAAAGCCCUCGCCUGAGUGGCCGUCCCGCUCGUCGCCCGAGUCUGAGAGCCCCGAAGAGCAGGUGCUUGCGUGCCAUUGGGCUGGCUGCUCCAAUGUUUACGAUGAGGCAGAGGCUCUUUAUGCACAUCUCUGCGACGAUCAUGUGGGUCGCAAGUCGACCCGAAAUUUGUCGCUCACUUGCAAGUGGGACAAUUGCGAUGUUACCACCGCUAAACGUGACCACAUUACUUCUCACAUCAGAAUUCACAUCCCGCUUAAGCCCUACAAAUGCCAGCACUGCCCCAAGACCUUCAAGCGGCCCCAGGACCUCAAGAAACAUGCCCGCACUCAUUCGUCUUCCGGUCCCCACCGUCAAACUUACGAUGCAGAUGUAAAAGAGACUCAUUCGGUCUAUCCUACUGCUACGUCUAAUGGCUAUAGCCAGCCGGUUGGCCAAUAUGGGGCUUAUGGAGCUCAGUCCUCUGCUGAGCCUUAUGCUUCAAUGGGUCCCAUGUAUGGCAAUUACGGAUCGUCGGGCUAUUACGGGAAUGACACUCUGUCGGGAAUGGUCAGAUCUACCCAGCCAUACGAGGAGGGCCGCAAGCGAGCUCUCGACAUGACUUACGACUUGAUCUCUGACGUCAAGCGAUCACGGGUCGCUCCCCAGUACUCGUCGGCAAUGGCUCAACGCAUCAAUGCCAUGAGUCCGUUGAUGCAAGGCCCUGUACCUACUGCUCAAGAUGUUAACCGCCUUGCCUCACUUCCCGCGCGCGACCUGAAUGUGGCUGACGAUUUCCUCAACCAGCUGUCAAUGAACUUGUCGCGUAAGACUGAACUGUUUGGCUACUCGCCUGCCGCAAAUGCCGCAAUGCAGGCCAACCACGUUCCGCCACCGCAAGGCUCGCUGCCUUCUCCGGAGGAAUCGCUAUCAUCUUCUCUGUACCCGCCACUACCGUGGGAGAAGCAGUACGCAUCACACGUGCCCAGGAUUGAGCACGACCACACCGGCCGUCGUAUGGUUAUUGGCAACCAACAGGCUGCUCCCGCUGACAAGAGCGAGGUCAAGAGUGAAGCGUACGGCGACAACGAUCUUUCUGACGAUGAAGACAAGGACAACGCUCUCUCUUCAUCAAGCUCUUCAGCAGGGUCGCCAGUACCGGUUCCCGAAGAGGCCGACUCACCGAAGCCCAGCUCCGAGUCGUCGUCGCCCCUCCUGGACAGCCCGCGCGAAGAGGCACUAAACGCUUUACGGGUCAUUUCGGUUUUGCGCAAUCUUUUGUCACAAGCCGCUGAGGUCAAAAAGAAGCAGGAGUCUGAUCUAUACCCUGCUGUCGAGGUCAAGUAA